CCAAAUAUAAGAUAUUGUGGUCUGCGGACUGCGAGUUCAGAACCAGUCGACUCGAGCUAAAGAAUCGGACGUUGAAGCCUUCAAGUCACCUUACAUGGCCGGGCCUGCAGCCGGCGGCCGGUCGUCGUCGUCGAUGGCCGUCCUACGUCAAUCCAUGUCAUCCUUCUUCUCUUCACUCCCCGUUCUUCUCUUGGUAUCGCUUCUCCUCUUUUCCCUACGCUCCGCUCUUCUGGCCGGAACCCUUCGCCUCUCCUCCCUCCCUGAUACCGAUCCCCUACUCCGAUCACUCCUUUCCCGUCUCUCUCCUCCCUCUUCAUCUUCGUCUUCGCCCACCUCAUCCUCCUCUAAAACCCCUCGUUUGUUCCACCUCUCUCCUGCCGUGCCCCUCGCUGACGACUUUUUCUCAUCUUCGCCGUCACUCGGUCGCCGUUCCUCACCCAACUCAUCCUUUUCCUCCCCGAUCUAUAUCUUCCUCUCCUUAAAUUCUAGUGCUUUGGCUAGGGUUGGGAUUCGCCCUAAGUACACCCCUGACCCACCCUCCCGCAUCCUCUUCUCUCUCUCAGAUUCGGAGAACGCCUCCCAAGAAGAGGCCGAUCGGGCUGCAAAAGGCUUCUCAUUAGGCAAGGACGGACUCCAGCUUGUCCAUCUCCUCUCCCUUCUCUCCUCCGCCCACGCGGUCGCUAUCCUGGGAUUUAUCCUCUGCUAUGCCACUGCUUUUGGUGUUGUUUUCUAUUGCGUUGCCUGUAACAUGCUCUCCCGACCCGUACCGUCUCUCACCCAGGCCCUUCGGUAUGGCGCAAGAUUAGGAGUCCGGCGCCUCGUCGGGUUCGUAUUCUUGAAGUGGGCCAUCAGGGACGCGCUGGUUCAGCUCCUCUGCAUCUGGUUCUUUGCCAACGUCGAGGACCAGAACAAGCUAUUCAAGCUCUUCAUCAAGGUCAAGCUCAUGCCCUUCUCCUUAACCGUGUUGUCCGGGAAUGAAGAUACUGAGCUUCCUGGGUUUCUGUUUGUUUGGGGGCUAUUGGACUUGGCGGUGUCCAUGAUUCUCGUUUUGGUGCCUUGGAUUGUUGUUGUGGAUGAUAUUAGAAGGACAGGGCAAGAAGUGGUGAAGGAAGGGGUCUUUCUGGUGACGUUAGUCACUAGACAGUGUAUGUGGAUGAAAUGCUUAGAGAUAGCCUUGAGCGGAAGGCUGGGGAGGUUGCUUCUUUCUGCAUUUGCUGGAAGAAGAUUUGCUAUGUGGGCUCAGGCAAUGCUAGAGGUUUAUUUCAUGGUGGUCUGGUUGGUUGUGUACUUGGAGGCACGAAGAAAGGACUGCGAAUUAGGGGGUAGGAGAUUUGGAAGGGAAGAGCUGGAGCGGUGUAUUGACAGGCUCUGAUGACGGUGCUGAUGGCGAGAGAGGGUUUUCUGAUUGUAGUUAGUAUCAUGCAAUUUGCAGAGGUAUUAAUUAAAUACCAUUUUGAUUACUUACUUACAAUUAGUCUUGUUUUACCUUGACACUCUUGUUACUUCCGUAUUGCUUGUUUCUUUAUUGGGGGAGUCAUGAAUUUGUAUGUACAGUUUCACAACUAAUAGAUUCCAUGUAGAUUUUGAAAGUGUUUGGAUGUUUUAUGGUUAUAUGUGAUCCACGCAUCAUGUAAAUAAAAUGAAUGUCGUUGUUUCUCACAUAUUAUCAAUUUCAAUAUUUUAUUUUA